ACCUGACAGGUUCCCGGAGGCCAGGGGCAAUGGGGAGGAGCAUGGUUCAGACUUAGGGUGGCAACAGUUUGGGGGCCCUGCCGCACAUGCUGGGCUGCCAAGCUGGAAGCAGUAUCUUCUUCCUUAUAGCAGCCAACCCAGGUGCAAGCCAUGGAGCCUCGUGUGGGUUGGGCUCUCGGUGGAUGCAGACAUUUAGCCGAAUAGUGCAAGCCGGGACCCAGGGCAUGGCAGGACCCCUUCGGAGCCGGGUGGAGGAGCUGAAGCGGCCUUGGUGGAGGGAGAGCUCACCCCUGGUGCUCCAGCACAGUGAGGCUGCAAGACUGGCGGCAGACGCCCUCCUGGAACGGGGCGAGGCUGCCUACCUUCAGGUCAUCUCUGAAGAGCGGGAGCUGCCCUUCCUGAGUGCCCUGGACGUGGACUACAUGAUCAGCCAUGUGCGUGGGGUUCCCGAGCUCAGCGAGGCCCAGGGGUCAGAGACCUUAGGCCAAGACCGCCUCAGCAUGCUCUCUGAAGUUACCUCAGGCACCUACUUCCCUAUGGCUUCUGACUUAGAUCCCCCAGACCUGGACCUGGGCUGGCCCGAAGUGCCACAGGCCACGGGUUUCAGUCCUACUCAGGCGGUGGUUCAUUUUCAAAGGGACAAGGGCAAGAGCAUCAAGGACCUGCUGCGAUUCCUCUUCAGCCAGGCCCACACGGUGGUGGCUGUCGUGAUGGAUGUUUUCACUGACAUGGAGCUCCUGUGUGACCUUAUGGAGGCUUCCAGCCGCCGUGGAGUCCCUGUCUACCUCCUUCUGGCUCAGGAACACCUGAAGUACUUUCUGGAGAUGUGUUAUAAGAUGGACCUCAAUGGGGGCCACCUGGUGAAUAUGCGUGUGCGGAGCACCUGUGGAGACACGUACUGCAGCAAGGCAGGUCGCCGAUUCACCGGCCAGGCCCUGGAGAAGUUUGUCAUCAUUGACUGUGAGCAGGUGGUGGCAGGCAGUUACAGCUUCACUUGGCUUUGCAGCCAGGCCCACACCAGCAUGGUGCUGCAACUGAGGGGCCACAUUGUGGAAGACUUUGAUCGGGAGUUCCGAUGUCUGUAUGCGGAGUCACAGCCUGUGGAGGGCUUCUGUGGCAAUGAGGAUCCACUGAUUUCCCAGGUACCUUGUCCUCCCCCUGUGACUUUGGCUUUUGGACCUGGAAUUCCAAGCCCUACCGGCUCCUCGCCCUCCAGUAACAGCCUCAGCAGCAUCAAGCACUCACCUCUUCUGGCCCGUUCUUCCUAUCUUGCUCUACCUGGAGGUGGUGGCUGCAGUGACAUGGGUAUGGGGUCCUCAUCCCCAGGGCCUGCCCACCAUGAAGCUGGUGCCCAGCCAUCCCUGUACCGUCAACUUUCAGAUCCGAACCAUAUCUCUACUCCUGGACCCUAUAGGGCCAACCUCAGCAAACUGGGAUCCUCCCCAUGGUCCCAGUCCUCGCCUGCCCUCAACCACAGCAGUACCAGUCCCUUGACCCUGGGAGUGGGGUCACCUCUGCUUCCAAGUUCCCGCCCUCUCCUUCACUUUACCAGGGGGGUCCCAGCACUGUCCCGGCUUCCAGAGAAUGGGCUCCCAGCAAGUCAAGACCCUUGCCUUCCACGAGGCCGUUGGGUACCUGGCACAGCUCUAGAGACAGUGGAUGAGAAGAAAGUAUCCCUGAGUCAAAGCCAUGACCGCCUGGAUCGUCUCAUCCCUUUCCCUAAAGCAGGAGAAGCAGGAGUUCCCAGCUCUAGAGUUAGCCCCAAUUCGAGUUCCCUUCAGCAUGGUGAGCAGGUUCUAGAUGAUAGGAGAUUGUCCCUGAGUCACAGCUAUAGCCAGCUAGAUCUCCUGUCCCAGGGUCAGGGUUCUCCUGAGUCAGGUUCCCUCAGACCUGGUGAGCUGAGUCCAGAGGACAGGAAGCUGUCCCUAAACCAUAGCCAUGGCCCAUUGGACCUCCUGCCACAGAACCCCAAGCCCCAGGCCUCUAAAAUACCCCCUGAUGCCCAUUCUUCAGCCAGGCCUGGCAAGCCGAGUGUAGAUGACCGACGGCAGACGCUAGGCCACAGUCAACUGGACCUCAUUACCAAGUUUGGCCCAUUCAGGAGUGAGGGACCUGGACCCAGUUGUCCCCCAGAAGCAAGCCCAGUUCGCAUGGCUGGAGUAGGCUCUGCAGAUGAGAAGCGACUGACCCUGGGCCACAGCAAACUGGACCUUAUCACCAAGUAUCAUCAACUGCAGGGUGCUAGGCAGAAACCUGAGUCGGGCACCCCAGGAGCUCCCAUAAGUGGCCAACAAAAUGGUAGUGGCAAUGACCUGUUUGCACCUGAGAAACGGCUGACCUUGGGCCACAGCAAACUGGACCUCAUCACUAAAUACAACAAGUCCAAAUUCAAGCAGCUCAGAAGUCGCUUUGAGUCCUAGCUCUGUUCCUCGAAGGGACAGAUCCUCCCUCCGUCCAGAGUUGACAGGAAGCUGGAGUGCUGCAUAAAGAAAGGAGGCAUCUAACAGUCCAGGCCAUAUACUCCCUGGUCUCAAGACUCUUACACAGCACACACACACACACACACACACACACACACACACACCACACAUACCACACCAUACCUACACACACCACCCACACCACACACACAACACACACAUGCACACACACUGCCCACACCACGCAUACAUAUACCACACACAUACAUCAUAGAUGCAAACACAUCACACAUAAACCUCACACAUACAUACACACACAUACACCACACACGCACAUGCACACACAACCACACACAAGCACACGCACACACACCACACCACACGCACACACACCACACACACACAGACAUGCAUACACACCACAUACACACAUACACACACCCCCACACCACACCACUCACAUACAGCAGAGUUACUAAAUGUUUUCUGUCCUUCACUGGGGUUGGACACUUCACACAGUUAUUGCUAUCCUCCAUCUUCUCUAGAUAGACUGCUUGUUGGCCUAUAGAUAUAUUGAGUAUUAUUCUUCCCAUUUUUCAAAAGCUUUUGAAACCAGAACAUUUCUUUUAUGACUGAUAGAAAAUCCUCCAGGUGAACGUCUUCCUCGGUGACGCUCCAUCACGGAAUCCGAGUCUGAAUCUGCGACAGACAAAUUUAGGUUCCUCACCGCCAGUCCCGGUAGUGUUUUCGUCUCUUAGCCUUGGCGCUCCAGCUAGACUUUGUUAUACUUGGUAGGGCAGUCACAUUCGCCACAGGCUGACUUCUGAAGGUGGUGGCCUUAGGUGCAGAGGCAGCACCAAGGUGUGUGCCUCAUUGUGACGCCUUCCAAAGGAUGAAGCUCAUUUUGUCAUCUUGCUUCCGCCACAGAGGCCAAAGAGAACAGAAGAUACUCUUACCAUUUUAUUAGAAUGGGAGCUGGAGUCCAGAGCUUGGAUGGUUAAUUUGGAGGAAGAGCCAACUAAAUGACAGGGUAGGGGACUCUGCCAGUCUAUUGUCCCCUGGCUUUAAAUCUGUAUUUUGUUUGCACAGACACAACACAUAGUAUCUGCAGUUUCUGUGUUUCAUAAAAUAAGUGGUGUGCAUGAAAUAUAGACACUACAAGGGUGUUCCAGAUGCCCAUGAAGCACACACAGAACAGUGACUAGGUACACCCAUACAUGCAUAGAGCGAGUACACAGAGCUCUCUGUGGUUAACUCAAAUAGAACUUCUAUUGCAGGUACAGAAUCUCGUCUGCCUAAAUGAAUGGCCACAGAAAACUCAAGCAUCCAGUACAUACUGCACAGCCCCUUUGAGAUUCAGAAACUAUAAAUACACAUAGGACUCUCAUCCUAAACUCUCCUUGCACUAAGCUGGCCAUAUGAGCAAAAAGGUUACUUAGAUGUGGAUUCUGAGACCUGCGGCUUAAAUGAGUAAACCACAGAGAACAAGGCAGAGCUGUAUCAAUAGGAAAGUGUACUAGGGACAGAAGGUCAUGAAGAUGGUGGAGAGAUGAGGAAAGUUUAUCAGAGAGAGGGUGACUUUGAGUCUGGUCCUGAAGGAUUGGGAACAGCCAGGGGGAGGAGAAUUAAGAGUUCUUGAUAUAGAGUAAGCCAGAGAGGGGGGCGGGAGGAGGGGCUCAGUGAGUGGAGCUGGGGUGAACUGGGGAAGAUAAGCAGAGCAUGUAGUUGAACACUUAGACUCAAACACACAGGCCACCUUGCUGAAUCAGGGACCUUUCUCCUGAACUUGGAACCUGCUGGAGACUGUGCAUGGUCCAAAUGAAUAAAAGCGGUUGUGGUUAGACCCCA